UUGUCCAGCUGUGAGGACAUGGACAUCUUUGGUCUUAUUGGACGGAACCUGUUGAUGUCCAACACUGAUCUGAACACAUACAUACAGCUGACAGUCUGUCGGUGAAGUAUCACGAGUUGUCAGCUGUCGUGACGUAACGCGGGUGACGUUUCUCGGGCAUCCCCACACACACACACACACACACACACACACACACACACACACGGUGAUCAUCAGGAGAGCAGCGGACAGUCUCAAAACAAAAACAUGGCUCUGAAUCGGAAUCACUCGCAAAACGGCGGCGUGUUGGUGAACAACGGAGAAAGUGUUUUAAGGGAAUGUAAGAAUGUGGAGCUGUCGUUCAGCGAUGUCGCCUGUAAGACAGACCUGCUGAAAGGGACCAAGAAGGGCACCGUUUACCUCACUCCGUACAGGUUGCUGUUCGUGUCCAGUAACACCAAGGAUUGCCUGGGUUCGGCCAUGUUCCCUUAUUAUUUGAUGAAGGGCUGCAGCAUCGAGCAGCCAGUGUUCGCAGCCAACUACAUUAAAGGGACCGUGUCAGCUGAGGCUGGUGGUGGCUGGGAGGGCCAGGCCCAUUUCAAGAUGUCCUUUCCCAGUGGAGGAGCCAUUGAGGUUGGACAGCAUCUCUUCAAGCUGGCCACAAAUGCUUCUCGUGCUGCUCCCGCCCAAAACGGCGCCGCCUCUUACGGCUAUCCUUCACCUGGAAUGAUGAACGGCUACGGCCCACCUCCGGCCGCUCCUCCCGCCUAUCCUUACCCAGCACCUCCCCAGCAGAACGGAUUCUACCGGGGCCCUACGCCUGCUGCUGGCAACAUGGGCUACCCCUGUCCCACACCCACUGCAGGAAUGUACCCAUCUGGUUUCGACUACAUGGCACCACCUCCUCCCUACCCUGGGCCACCCCAAAAUUGGGCUGCACCCCCUCAGAACUGGACAGCAACAGGACCACCACCACCUCCAGGUAACUCGAAGGCGGCCGAAGCAGCAGGCAGUGCGUAUUACAAUCCCAGCAAUCCACACAAUGUCUACAUGCCCAUGGAGCGACCUCCACCAUACGCACCUUAUCCAAACUCUCCUGACAAGAAACACAACUAAGCCUCAGGCAUCAUCACUUCAGUGACUCCUCUCUCAUUCUCUUCCUGUGUAACUUAAAUAUAUUCCUAAAGAAAGGACUAAUGAUGACGGAUACCCACUUUGAUUGUCGAAUACAGAAAAAGAAAAAUGAUUCACCAAUGAAUUAAUAAUAUUUUGGAUACUGGAAAUAAAGCAGUCGCAGCUUUUUAGAUACUGCUUUCCCCUUUUUACCUAAGUUCUUUGAAGUGAUUGACAACUUGUAACUAGCUUUUUCUGAGACUCAUCAUUAACAUUCUCAGUGAUGGGGAGGAUUUAUUUAGUUCUGUCUAAUACUCUAGAUGAGGUAAAGGGCACCUGAACUGUCCUUAAGAGCUGAAAGGAAGGAGGAAGUAUGGGGAAUGUAUUUUUUAAGACAGAUUUAUUACCAAAACCUUUUGUAGCAGUUUUCUUGAUUGCAGUUCCUAUAAUUAUUAACAAUAGCUACUCCUGUUUAAAAAAAAAAAAAAAAAAAGUAUUUUUGCAGUAUCAUUGAAGGUACCAUGUGUAUUUCCUAUUCAGUAGUUUUGCGUUGAGUAGUUUGUCCAUAUACAAAGCCAGAGCUGGGUUUGAGUAGUGUUUAGUGCUGAUUCUCAUAUUAUGACUAGAGGUUUCCUUCACGUACGUUACAGUCAAAGUAAUUCCAUUCACUGUAUAACCAAAACCUCUCGGUCUCCAUCAUGAUUUUAACAUACGUAACGGAGGGUUUUGUUAUCAAAAGGAGCAGCGCGUCGUUCGAAUGAAUCAAAGAUCGGAAAGAUUUCCUACAUAACAUAAAUCUAUGUAUGUGCAAUAUUCCAAUCUCACAUAACCAGGUUAUAGGUGACAGGCUGGGGUUACCCGAAUGACCCCGAGCCUCUACUAGCUUCUGUUGUAUUCAUGUAUGCAAAGCCGAGCUGAAACCAGAACUCCACUCUUUGUGUAAUUACACUAGUGUGAGGUUACAGGGCCAUUUCGUUACAUUAAGGGGGCUCAUCAGUGUUUUUGCCUGCUGUUUGAAACUUCUGAAUUUAUUCCUGGGUAAAACGUUUCGGGGGUGAGGCGUCAACAGGCUGUGUAAUUGCAUCCUCCUCAUAGUGCAUCAGUUCACACUGUUUGAAGGACAAUUUGCACACAGUUGUAGUAGGUAGAAGAUUUAUUUUUUUCUUCUUUUCUUUUGGGUUGUUUUAGUUUGCUUGAAUUAAUCAGAUGUCUGUAUAUUAAUAUCUCGUUUGCAGUUCUUAUUCCUCUUGCUAAAUUUUGUCUGUCAAUUCAAAUCUAAUAAAUGAGUCAAUUAUUGAA